UGCAACAAGAGCAGGAAAUAGAGCAGCGCAUUUUUCAGCAGACUUCCUCAUCAGUGUCUCGCAGUAGCUCCUCUUCGUCGAUGAAGGCUGAGAAGCUGGUGUCCCAUCAGCUGAAGCAGGCACACGCCAGAGCGUCCUCUAUGCACCACCUCCAACAGGCCAGCCGAGGAUCCAACAUGGUCUACCAUCACUCAAUCAAGCAGAGUUCCCAGGGCCAGCUGUCCCAUGGUGUCUCAUCCUUGGGGCUGAGGGGCGUCCCCCACUCUUUCUCCUCCUCCUCCCAGCUGCAGAGUGCAGUGGCGGCUGCAGCUUUGGUCAGCCGGCCAGGGAAGCAUGCAUCCCCACCGCUCUGUCCAGAGUUCAAAGGUGAGCAGCAGUGGAACCGCCGGCGGCAGGAAUAUCAGCGAUGGUAGUGCCUCAUCCACUGCAUGGAAGAAGCAGAGCAACAGCAAUACAGGAGUCACUAUGGCCUACGUGAACCCCAGCCUGACAGGUCACAAGACGUCAGCCAGCGUCGACGCUCGUCAGAGGGAGUACCUGCUGGACAUGAUCCCCUCUCGAUCCUCGCUCUCCCAGACUGCAAAUACCUGGAAGUAGAUUAUACUAUAGUACUGCUUUGUUUUUGAGCAAGUUCCUUAGCUCCAAUAAUAUGGCCAACAGCAACCCCCGGAGGACUGUUAAGCAAAUACAAUCUCUCAAAGUGAAGAGCCGUUCCUUCCUUACCUUUUUGUAUGAUUGUUGUUUUAGUUUUGUUAUUUACUGUUGUUUAUUUUGAGAUUCGCUGUUCUUUGGUAAUUGUGCAGAAACCAUUUGGAUUUGACUGGGUCAUAGAAAAAGCUUAUACUUGAAGGAGUACUGGGUACUUCUAUUCUCCAGACUGGGUGUUUAUAUAAUAGUACUUUGAUUUAAAAAAAAAAAAAAAAAGUACACCGGGCGUAUAAGCCCUUUCUGCCAUGAUGUGGGUCAAACUGACACAAAUUUUUGACACUUGAAUGGUUAUAGUUAUAUCCAAGUGUUCACAUUUAACAAAAUACACUUAUUUUGAGCAGAAAUAACAUAACUGAGCUAAAAAAAGAAAUCUGGAACAUUGCCAGGUUUGAUUGAUUUUGUUUUCACAGUAAGUUAUUUUGUUUUUCAAUUAUAUUUAAAUAUAUUGUGGUUUCCACAAAUGUGGAGUUUACUCUAUCUUUUUUCCUCCCGUUUAACAGCAUGCCUUCCCUUAACUGCUCUGUUCUUUCGCACAUCUGCUGAAGAAGCAUGGUGUUUCAUUCAUUUGUAAUUACCAUCUGUAAUUUGCUUAUUUUAUAUUAAUGUCAACAUUGUAAGAUUUUGUUAAGUGUUUUGCCAUUGCUGAGAAAAAGCUAACUCUAAAGGAGCUGACUUUUCCACUCUGGAGAACUAUAAUCAUCACAAUACGCAGAAUUCAUGUAUUCCUCAAUCCGAUUUUAAAGGGACUAUCUCAGCUACCAAGAGCUUGGAAUACUCAAGAUAUUUUUCUUGUACCCCUGAUCACCAUAUUACAUACAUUAUCUGCUUCCUGAUUUGACCUGCAUUGUACAAAUUAUUAAAAAAGUUAUUUGGUUUACUUUUUUUCCUAGCUCCUAAGAAAUAAAAAAAUAUAUACAUUUUAAA